AUGUCUGACGCUGAAGACGUUACGUUUGAAACUGCAGAUGCGGGUGCGUCUCUUACGUACCCUAUGCAAGCAGGGUCAAUAAAGAAGAACGGUUUCUGUAUGCUGAAGGGUAAUCCUUGUAAAGUUGUAGACUAUUCAACAUCAAAGACAGGGAAGCACGGGCAUGCAAAGGCUCAUAUAGUAGGUUUAGAUAUCUUUACAGGCAAGAAGUAUGAAGAUAUAUGUCCGACAUCGCAUAAUAUGGAGGUGCCGAAUGUUAAAAGGACAGAAUAUCAAUUAAUUGAUGUCUCUGAUGAUGGUUUUGUUUCUCUUCUUCUUGAAAGCGGCGACUUAAAGAGCGACCUCACAUUGCCGAAGGACUCUGAAGGAAAUCUUGAUGAAGUUGCGCAGCAGAUUAAGUCUUUGUUUGCAGACGGCAAGGGUAUUCUCGUCUCUGUUCUUGCUGCUUGCGGCAAGGAGAAGAUUGUUGCAUGCAAGGAGCUCUAA